CAUUGCGAUUAGAAACCAAUGACUCUACAGCCAGGGCUCGAUGGCGAUGUAAGAUAGAAAGAAUGGGGAGUUAGGGCUUCGGUUUCCUCUGUAGCCAGUUUCAAUUCCAAAUCAUUUGCCGACAUGCGGACUCACUUCUCUUUUAUGGGAUGACUUUUAUUAUCCAAGUUGUCUAUUUACGUGGGUGAAUCAAGUACAACAAGUCAGGUCAGAGCUUGUGGUAGAAGAUUGGGCUCUGCUACGCAGAUCCACUCAACUAGGAAAGAAGUACGCAUUGCUGACUGACUGUUUGAACGAUCCUAGUUACUAGUAGCUAAUCAAGUCAGAGUAGGGUGGCCGAGAAGCUUCUUGCCGGUGCCCCCAAAAGCAAAGCACAGACUCUACUCACCCACGCGUUUUCCACCUACGGAGGGAGAAAUCAUCGAAAUAUCCUCAUCCCCUGAAAGGGAACCCGAAAACAGGACGAGAGUGGAUAGGGUGACUAAGGAGGCCGUAAAAAUUAGUAGUGCAUUUUUGAAAGAUAAGAUUACAAAAAGGCGAGAGCAGCAUAAUUGUUAGUUAGGGGUAAGAGGGGACGGGCCCGUAUAGAAAGUAAAUCCUUCUUUUUCCGAUAUGCCGCUCCGCAAGCAAGGAGUGCCACGCACGAGCGGAGCGAAAACUAAGCAAGGGGAAUUCCGUCAUUCCAUGGAAAGCAUGCGAAAUCCUUUGAUUGUUUAUAGAAUCAAAAUAACUAUAUAGUCUUUCUUGUUCCACUUGCAAGGCAAGGAAAAUAAAAUGUCAGUUUCGUUAUUACAACCUUAUUUUCUUAUGUCAAAGACAAAAAGCUACGGGCAAAUUCUCAUUGGAUCUCGGUUGUUCUUAACAGCGAUGGCUAUUCAUUUAAGUCUUCGGGUAGCACCACCAGAUCUUCAACAAGGUGGAAAUUCUCGUAUUUCGUAUUUACAUGUUCCUGCGGCUCGGAUGAGUAUAGUUAUUUAUAUCGCGACAGCUAUAAACAGUUCCUUGUUCCCAUUAACAAAACAUCCCCUUUUUCUUCGCUCUUCCGGAACCGGUAUAGAAAUUGGUGCUUUUUCUACUUUGUUUACGUUAGUGACUGGGGGGUUUCGGGGAAGGCCUAUGUGGGGUACCUUUCGGGUGUGGGAUGCUCGUUUAACUUCUGUAUUCAUCUUGUUCCUUACUUACCUGGGUGCACUGCGUUUUCAAAAGCUUCCUGUCGAACCGGCUCCUAUUUCAAUCCGUGCUGGACCGAUCGAUAUACCAAUAAUAAAGUCUCCAGUCAACUGGUGGAAUACAUCGCAUCAACCUGGGAGCAUUAGCCGAUCUGGUACAUCAAUACAUGUUCCUAUGCCCAUUCCAAUCUUGUCUAUCUUUGCUAACUUCCCCUUCUCUACCCGUAUCUUGUUCGUUCUGGAAACACGUCUUCCUAUUCCAUCUUUUCCCGAAUCUCCCUUAAUGGAAGAAAUAGAAGCUCGAGAAGGAAUACCACUAAAAACCUAG